CCAAACUAAAUUAUUAAUUUAAAUCAAAGAUGGGCCCUAAGAAAGGCAAAGAAGCGAAUGAUAAUGAAAACUACUGGAGAACAAGUAUUGAAGAAACACCUUUAGAUGAUGACUCAUGGAAAGUAAAAGUAAUUAUUAUAGAAGCAGCUGGUAGCGAUCCGGACCGUAUUUAUUUAGGAAAGUUUGAAACAUACGCAGCAGAAGAGAGAAGAUUUGUUAUUAAAAAUAUUUGUAAAACUGAAACUAUUUUUAUGAUUAAUCAAUUAGGUGGGGAAAAGAAAGUAAAGGAUGAUAAUCUAAGAGUAUUUGAAGAAGGACAAGCUUAUCUUAAAGAAAAAAAAGAUAUACCACCAGAAAUAUUAGCACUCAUAAUUAAGCAUUUAAUUAUAAAAAUGAAAACAGAAUAUAUUUUCAUCAAAAACCAAAAACUUAAAGUGACGGAAGGAAUGAAAAGGGAAUCUUCUACUAUGAUUGAUAAAGCGGAAGUUAGGGGAACGGUUAACGAUAAACUUGCUGAACGUCUAGAAGUUACACCACCGCCUCUAAAAGGCAAAAAAGAAGAAAAAACAGAUCCUAUACCAGUAGAAGAUGAAAAUAAAAAAUAUAAUACGCUACUUAGAGUAAGAGGUGAGGAGUGGAGAGAUAAAGUAUAUAUUGAUGACUAUCCAACAGAUGGUCCCAGUUUGUACGUUGCCGUAACGGGAUUUGCGGAUGCUAAUUUACCUGCAUGUCUUGUAAAAAUUGGUAUACCUUUAACAGCUGUGGUUCAAAUUAGAAUUAAUCCUGCCACGACCAAAGUGCCGACGUGCUUAACACGGGCAAGCAAAAGGGGACAAAGUCAAACAGAAUUGCUGGCCGAAAAGUCUCUUAAAUAUUGGGAAGAUAUACAAUUACUGCGUCUGGACAAAGAUAUUGGAGAAGUUUUUAAAAACACUGCAUUUGUUGUUUUUUCACCUCCUUAUUGGAAUAAUAGUAGUUUGUCAGGUAAUGCUGAACAAAUCUACAACGAAAUCAGUUUCUUACUGUACGAUCUUCAGGAUUUAAGCAGACAACAUACUAAUUAUUUAAAAAAUAUGGAAAUCAUUAAUGUACCAGAAGAGUAUAAAGAUGAUCGCUAUUUAUCUAUUUACGGUAGACAUAUAGAUGGUUUACCUUUUGAAUCAAUAACCAGUUUCUUAGUCUUAGAUAGUAUUCUUCAAACCAUAUCUGAUAGUCAGUCUUUUAGUGGAAUGACCGUAACAUCAUCUAUAUUUACGACGAUAAGCCAUUCUCCGCCUAAGUCAAACGACGACGAUAAGCUACAACAAUCCCAAGCUCUUGUAAAUGAAUUUAUAAACCAACUUUGUCAAACAGAUUCUCGCAAUAAAAAUUAUCGAUUCACUUACGGUAAUGAAUAUGAAAGUUUAAGAAACCCUAUUGUCAUAAAUUAUGGUGAUUUUUGUAAAUAUAACACAUUUCACCUUGGUAAUAUAAACUUAGAAAACAUAGUCAGCAGAAUGUUAAUUGGAAUGCCGAUCAAUAAAUUAUGGAUGAAUAGAAAUAAACUAACAGAGGAAAUAGAGGCAAAAAUAAAAUUUCAUGUAAAUGUAUUGCUUUCAUGCUUCAAUCGAACUGAUGUUGAAAUUGCAGAAUUAAAUCGAUUGCUACAUAUUUUAGCUUGUCGAAAAUUAUAUAACAAUAGAAGCUCAUUAAAAAAGGAGCACUUAGUUUCUUCAACUUUAUCCGAAUUUAAAAAAACUUAUUUAAACAGAAGUGUUUUAGCCGAACCAUUAUCAAAAUCUAAAUACACAAUAAGUACAAGCUCUACGUCAUCUUUAUUUCCUUCCUUAGUAGAAAGCAACGUAUCAUAUAAAUCUUCGAGUGACGAACAAAAUAAAGAUACCCGAAUUAAAUUACUUUUUGAUUGUCCUGAUAUAAGUGAAUUGGUAUCGGCGGCUGAAAUAGCCAUUCAAAGACCGAUUAGUCAUAUGAUUGAUGAUUUUGAAUAUUUUGAAGAUUUUACAGGUAUAAAGGCUUUUCAAGUACUUCAAGAUGCUUUUAAUAAGUAUAAUUGCGUAGAUUAUAAGUAUUGCGAAGUAACUGAUUCUUUUAUAAUGAUGUUUUACAAUAGUCAAGAUAACGAUGGAAUAGCUAGAAAGGAAUGGCGAUGCCAUCUUCCUACGUCAUUAUGUUUACAAGACUUUUUUGAUUUUGUGUUAAAAGAACACUAUGAUUGGAUUAAAGAUGAAGAAAAAAUGUAUGAAGAAAAUAUUUUAGUUAAGUCGCGAUCUGAAUACAAGGACUUCAGAGUUCCGUUAGAUUACAAAUCUUGUGUAGAUGAGAACGAUGUAAAAAUGGAACUUCUUAUGGAAGGUUCCUUGAAAUAUGAAGAAAUUACAAAUCUUGAUACGCCUAAUAAUGAAAGUUCUCAAUUUAAAACAUCUGCUUCCAAAAGAACAUCAUUAUUUUCUGGAGCUGAUUCUGAUGCUAAAAGCUCAAAGAAACAAAAAUCACCGGCUACUGUUACUCCCAAGCUAAUAAUUUCUCAGCUAGAACAAGAAAAAUCUAAGCUUUCCAAAAAAACAUUCUCUGGUUAUGAUUUAGGAGAUAGAAGAGUUGAAGUUUUUGGAAAAGAUAGUAGCUAUUUCUCCAAGGAUGGCACUCAAAUAUCAACUUUUUAUACUUUAGUAAUACCAAUGAAUUUAGAAUAUAUAACUUUAAAUGUACUUCCAGGCAAUAGUCAAAAUGAGUUUUGGAUGCAUAAAGUCAUUGGAGAGUUUAUUAAACCAGAAAUAAUUAACGCAUGUGAGUCUUUUAGAAUUUCAAGCAAAGACGAAUUAAUUAUUUAUAUUAAAAAACAAACUUAUCAAAUUCCCAUCCCGUUAGUCUCCACUUCCUCCUGUAAACAAAGCUCCGUCACAUCUAUAUCUCAUGAAAAAGUUAGAGUCCCACAAUUAUUUGAACAUAAGUCAUACCAUUCGGUAUUUGUUACUUGGCCUAAUGGACUCAUAACCGAGAGUGUUUAUAAAAAUAAUUCACCAAUUUUUUCCCACAUUAAGCAAUAUUAUAAUUGUUCUCCAUCGCAACUCGAUGAAGAAAUGAGAUGUAUUUCGUUGAAUGGAGAAGUUAUAAUUUUUAAAAAUAACGGUGAUAUCAAUAUACUUUUACCAGACGCUUCUUAUAUUAAUAUAACAAAAUGUAGAAAAGAAAUUGUUUCUGACGAAAUUUUGGAAGAUGUAUCUAGCGCAGAUAUUUCAACGAAAGUUAAAAAAGUAAAAGUAAAAUCCAAAAGUAAAGGUAAAGCUUUUAAGUCAUCUAAGAACAACUUUAACGAAGAUGAACAUGAAAUCGCUUCAAAACCAGUUGAAUAUAAAUUAGUUAUAGAAGAAUUUGAAACUAUUGAUGCAAAUGGCUUUAGACGAAAAUGGAUUAAUCAUGAUUAUUUUGACGUAGAAAAAUUGCUCAUGCAAACAAAAACCAAUCAUUAUCUUGGGGAAAUAUUUUCCAAACGUAUGGAUGGAACUACUGUGGUGCUAAAUAAGGAUGGAAUUCAAUUUGUAACUUUCCCUAAUAAAACCAGAAUUCUGACUGAGUAUAAAAUUGAUUAUGAAGAAGUUUUUCCUGAAUGGACUGAAGUAGAAAUAGAAAAUUUUUCUACAGUUAGUAUAAGUGCCGAUCUUUCGAAAUCAAAAGAGUCUUCGUCACAAAAAAGUUUUCCAUAUACAACCAGUAAUAGUGAAACUAGUUUAGGAUCCAGUAAACUAAGAUCAGAAGAAAUAGAUGAUAAAGAACAAAGGACCGAUGGCUAUAUUUUCAUUCAUAUUAUCUACACGAUCGAACAUCCAAAUUUUACAACAAUUACGAUUGACAAAUCUACACGUAAAAUAAGUAUUGAAUCACCAAAUAAAUCAUGCGUGACAUUUGACAUGGAAAAUAAUUAUGAAAUCUUACAAGACGGUCAGACUUCCGCAAAGUUUAAUGGAGAAACCUUAAACAUUAGUUAUGAGGCUUGCUCUAAAUGUAAGUCGUUUACAAAGUGUGAAGUUAAAGUAAAAUCUGCAGAAAUUAGCAAUGUAUCUCAAGUAGAAAAAAAUUGGUUAAAAAUGAAGGACUCGUUUUUUAAAAAUGUUAUCGUUAACGAAGAAGGCACCAUCAAUGUAGUCAAUGACACUUUAUCCAAUGAUUCUGAAGAAGUGGUUGAUUCUACACAACAAAAACAAGGAGAAAAAAACACAGUAGAGAACUCUGUAACCACUCAUGGUAAAUGUAACCAAAUGUAUGAAGCAAGAUCUUGCAGAUUUUUCAUACUUGCCCGAGAUUUAACAUGCUCGGAGUUGGUGCAUCGGGAAAUUAUAGAACAAUAUAUGCAAGCCUGCUUCUCUGAACCCUGGUGCAGCAUCAAUCACUACGAUACUUUUGGAGACCACCGCACUCUUUGGUCGAUUCUCAAUCCUUUGCACGUUACCGAAUCAGAGAAUUGGCUGAUGGAUUCCAAACUGUCCGAUAAACCCAAGUACUUGGCUAAUAUGGAUCUGAAAAAAGAUUGCGGUAAAGGUUUUUACAGUUGGAUGCGACCUUACAAAUGUUUUCAACCUAAACCAAUAACACCUGAUAACGUUUUGCCAGAGAGACUACCAAGAGCUUUUAUAUUGCGCACUCUGGAACAGCAAUGGAGAGACGCCCAAAGAAAUGUAUUGAAAGGCAGUAAAGAACUUUUAAAUGCAAUACUUCGAUACCGUCAUCUCAUGGAGUCUGAUCAUUCUAACUCUAUUUUGAACUUGCCAAUAUACGAUUUAAGAACAGAAGACGGAAGGAACACUAACGAAGUUGUUCAGGCUAUUGCAGACAGGGUAUAUGAAGAGCUGAAGAAUCGCCUGGCAGAAGAUGUGCAGACUAGGGUGAAGCCUGGCAUUACUACCAGAACUAGCCCAUCAAUAAAGGAAGAGUCUUUAGAAGGAGAAGAACCUGAAUCACAUCAUGAUCUUAUAAUAUGGGAAGAGGAACGUACGACUUUAGUGAAAGAUGCGAAGUCAGCGACUGAGAUGCGCCCCAACUUAAAGAGAUACUGGCGGCGACACGCUGAAGAGUUGAAAGAGGAAGAGUUUUAUCGGUAUCUUCUCCGAGAGGGAAGUGUGCCACCAUACUUCCUGAAUGUUCUGGGUGGCGCAAUUUGGUGGGAGAUGGACAAAACCGCAAAUGCUGCUAUAACGAAGGCCGAAAGGAGCAAAAUGAAAUGCUCGUGUCCAGAGAAAGAUCCAGCGAAGGAUUCAGAGAAGCAUCCAGAGAAGGAUCCAGAGAUGGAGUAGAUAUAUCUACCUACAUAAUGUCUACCAACCAUUACUUAUUUUGUUACAUUGUUAUUAUGUACUUUUAUGGAUAGGUAAAUAGAAAAUAACA